AUGGUGAUCCUCACUAGUCUUCCGGACAUGUCGGAAGGGCAAUCGACACCAGAAUGGGACAUCAACGACGCAGUAGUACCACGUGUGUCGCACUUCGACACUUUCGGAGAGUGGUGCGACGGCCAUGUCCGCAGAGUAUACCCCCCAGCCUGCGAGGAAGCGAGACGACACGCCUCAGGAUGGGCCAUGAGGAACACCAACAACCACAACGUGCAUAUCCUGAAGAAGAGCUGUCUAGGAGUCCUAAUUUGUUCGGCAAGAUGUCGACUGCCAGACGGUUCGAGAGUUCAUCUACGACCCGCGAUCUGUGAUAAAGCGAGGAAGAAGCAGCAAGGUAAACCUUGCCCAAAUAGACUGUGCAACGGCGGCAGAUUGGAAGUCCAACCGUGCCGCGGCCACUGUGGUUACCCAGUCACACAUUUCUGGAGACACACGGAACAUGCGAUAUUCUUCCAAGCUAAAGGUGCUCAUGACCAUCCACGACCAGAAGCCAAAGGAGCAAGCGAAGUUCGAAGGUCUCUUGGAGCUGGUAGAAGGGUCCGAAGUUUAGCGCUACUCCUUGCGAGAGAAGCAGCAAUAGCUGACAAGAUACUGACGGUGAAACCUGAUAAGCAAAUGCCGCAGAAGAUCAGCACUCCACACCCGCAGCCGCCGCCUCUCAUCCCGGACAACCAAAGAGCUUUGACAUGUACCUGCGGAGUAUUCGAAUGCAAUUGUCGAUGGCGACCAGAGCUGGCAGAAGCAUACGGGGCCACAGCGUGGACCCCCGCCGACCACCAGUCAUACACUAACUAUGCACCCCCCGUCCCGCAAGUACCGUCCCUGCCCCAACACUCAUACGACCCCACAGCCCUACCAGCAGACGACAUAUUCCAUCCAGAGGAAAUCUUCCAAUUAGACCAACCGAUCCGGUUAGACUUCCCAAUUGAAGAGAAUACCCUAGAGUCACCGCCAACGUUCGCGGAUUUGAACAGUGAUAACUCAAGGCCUGAAGACGCAUACUGGUUCGAAUGGCAACGAGCCGCCGGCGGAUCCGAGUCCAGCGAAACUCCGUCACCCGAGUUGUUCGGCAACAGCUACCAACAGGCCGAAGCGUACUGCGAACAACAGACCUACAUCCCCCAGAAUAACAAUUAUUACCCCGAUGACGGGCAGUAUUAUCAGGACAGUAGAACUUCCCCAGUGAUGGACAUCCAAGACCAAAGGUAUUACAGAUACGGACAAGAUUGUGCGCAGAAUGUUGAAAUGCAAACGUGGAACAACUACACAGACUGUGCGUUCGCCACCAAUGAUGCGUCAGAGUGUAAACAGUACUUCGAUGUGCAACACCAACAAGCCGUCAACGCGUUUAGUGCUCUCUUAUAAUGUUGCUAGGUCUGUAAAUAAACUGUUGUAAAGUGUACAUAAGAUCGUAGCU